CCCACUGUCUCGCCAGUUGUCAGCUGACUGGUAGUUGGCAAUACAGUAGUACAUKAUGAUCGCGACGCUGAAGUGUACAACAUUAUUACUUGCUGUUGUUGUCUGCCGGGCAACGCAAGAUUAUGGUUAUAAUGAUGUCGAGGAGRCUACUCUGGGUGAUUCUCAGUAUGGAUCUCUCUGGCCGUUGCCUCAGAAAGUCAAAAUGUCAACGGUAGCAUUCAAACUCAGCGGUGCUAGUUUCCAGAUAGUUGACGCGAAAGAAUCGUCUUCCGGUGCGAGCUGCAGCCUUCUUCAAAAUGCAUAUCGAAGGUAUGACGAAUACAUAUUCCCCACUUCCAGAAUGCAAGGGCAAAACAAAAAGAAGGCAUUUGCCUCUGAUGUGUCUGAGUUACAGGUGUGGAUCACAUCAGCUGACUCGGAGUGUGACAGCUACCCCAGUGUGACAUCUGACGAAUCAUACGAACUCUCGGUGGACUCUCCUGUUGCUGUGCUGAAAGCACCUAAGGUGUGGGGCGCGCUGAGAGGUCUGGAGACUUUUAGCCAGUUGGUGUAUGAGGAUGAAUAUGGAGCAAAAAGCAUCAAUAGGACAGAGAUUCAGGACUUUCCACGGUUUGCACAUCGAGGCCUCUUAUUGGACAGCUCUCGUCACUUCCUGCCCAUCAAAGUCAUCUUAGCCAAUCUGGAAGCAAUGGCGUGGAACAAAUUCAAUGUGUUCCACUGGCACAUAGUAGAUGACCAAUCCUUCCCCUACAUGAGCCGUACCUUCCCCCAGCUGAGCCAGCAGGGAGCAUACCACCCGUACACGCAUGUGUACACGCCCUCUGACGUGAAGAUGAUCAUUGAGUUUGCUCGCCUCAGGGGCAUUCGUGUCGUCUCUGAGUUCGACACCCCUGGACACACUCAGUCAUGGGGCAAAGGCCAGAAGGACCUACUGACCCCCUGUUACUCUGGAGCCAGCCCCUCUGGCUCGUUUGGACCGGUCAACCCUAUCCUCAACACCACCUAUGACUUCAUGGCCAUGUUCUUCAAGGAGGUCAGCACAGUGUUCCCUGAUGCCUACAUCCAUCUAGGAGGAGARGAGGUUGACUUCAGCUGCUGGAAGUCCAACCCAGACAUCCAGAAGUUCAUGGCGCAGCAAGGCUUUGGGACGGACUACAGCAAGCUGGAGUCUUUCUACAUUCAGAGGCUCUUGGAUAUUGUCACCACUACUAACAAGGGCUACAUGAUCUGGCAGGAGGUGAUUGACAAUGGAGUUAAGCUGAAGGCUGACACGCUAAUCCACGUGUGGAAAGGCAACCAGCAGCAGUACCAGGCUGAGAUGGCAAGGGUCACAGCAUCAGGCUACCAGGCCCUGCUCUCCACACCCUGGUACCUGAACCGCAUCUCCUACGGCCAAGACUGGCAGGCCGCUUACAAGGCAGACCCACAGGACUUUAAUGGCACAGAUGCUCAGAAGAAGCUGGUGGUCGGGGGAGAGGCCUGUCUGUGGGGGGAAUACGUGGACGCUACCAACCUGACCCCCAGACUCUGGCCCCGUGCCAGUGCUGUGGGGGAGCGGUUGUGGAGUGGCAAGGAUGUGAAAGACAUAAACGAUGCUUAUAGUCGUCUGAUCCAGCACCGCUGUCGCAUGGUCCAGCGUGGUAUACCAGCUGAGCCUCUGUUUACAGGUUACUGUGCACAUGAGUACAAAGGGGUAUGAGCUGACAGCCACUGUGGGGCUACAACCUGAGAAGCAGCGUUAACAGCAAUGGGAGAAAGAAAAAAAUAUUGCACAAUUUUAACACAAAUCAAACUUGAUUGUCUUCAUGACUUUAUUGAUGCACUGAUAUGAGCCAAAUUCUGCCUUUUUAAAAAUUGUUUCUCAGAACAAUCCUCAUUCCAAUCAAUGUCACAAAUUGAUUGUGUGUAGGAACACCUUUUUAUAUUAAUGUUUGUAUGAAUUAAAAUAAACUUGCAGAAUUGUGUGU